AUGCGGCCAUGCAGGGUGAAUUUGGCGUGGUUGGCGGAUGUUGUGACCGAGCUGGAUCACCAGAUGGCGCAGCUGCUCCUGCGAGGCAGGUGCCCGUACCGUGGCAUCGAAGAAGCACGUGAAGCCUGCAUGUUACGCCCUGACUCUCUGGCCCUGCGCCGGGCCAGCGACUGCGCAACCCUGCGCAGGGCCUAUUACGAUGGCCAAAAGCAAGUGCACCCAGACAGGCUGCGGCUGUUGCAUCCGGCUUGCAGCGAGGAGGUCUUGCAGGCAUGCAGUGUCGCCAUGAACUUGGCUUUCGAACAUCGGAGAGCUGAACUUGGCUGUCCUGCCCGCUGA